AGAAUACACUUCCCAUACGGCAUUGCAAUGAAAACAGGAAGAAAGACAGCAGGAGGAAAUAUUUGCCCAAAAUGAAUCAGAGCGCGAUGGAGGGAUAUUGUGCGGUGGAAUGAGUCGUGAACACAGCGCAUUAGCCAACAGCAGAUGGAAGAGAAUGAUGAUUUGGCUUUUCAGAGAGAGAGAAAGAGUGUGUACGUGUUUUCAAUGAGCUGAAUCCCAUACGAUGGAACGGGCGAUGGAGCAAUUAAACGUACAGCUGAGUCGACUGACGCGGUCCUUGCGCCGCGCGAGGACUGUGGAACUCCCCGAGGACAGUGAAACAGCCGUGUACACCCUCAUGCCCAUGGUCAUGGCCGACCAGCACAGAUCAGUUUCUGAAUUGCUUUUAAACUCGAAGUUUGAUGUCAACUACGCAUUUGGACGUGUUAAAAGAAGCCUUCUACAUAUCGCUGCCAACUGUGGAUCAAUAGAGUGUCUCGUCCUGCUGUUGAGGCGUGGAGCGAAUCCAAACUAUCAGGAUAUCUCCGGCUGCACACCUCUGCAUCUGGCUGCAAGAAACGGACAGAAGAAGUGUAUGGGCAGACUGUUAGAGUACAAUGCUGAUGUUAAUAUUUGUAAUAAUGAAGGUCUCACUGCUAUUCAUUGGCUGGCAGUGAAUGGAAGGACAGAGCUACUUCAUGACCUGGUGCAGCAUGUGUCUAAUGUGGACGUGGAGGACGCCAUGGGCCAGACAGCCUUACAUGUGGCCUGCCAGAACGGACACAAGACUACAGUGCAGUGUCUCCUGGACAGUGGAGCGGACAUCAACAGACCCAAUGUCUCUGGAGCGACUCCACUCUAUUUCGCCUGCAGUCAUGGUCAGAGGGACACCGCACAGAUACUGCUCCUCAGGGGAGCCAAAUAUUUGCCAGACAAGAAUGGAGUUACACCACUUGACCUGUGUGUGCAGGGUGGUUAUGGUGAAACAUGUGAAAUUCUCAUCCAGCACCAUAGCAGACUAUUUCAGACACUGAUACAGAUGACCCAGAAUGAUGACUUUAAAGAGAACAUGUUAAGGCAGGUUCUAGAACAUGUUUCACAGCAGAGUGACUCCAGCUAUCAAAUGAUGUUGACCAGCUUGGCUGAGGUGGCCACCACUAAUGGACAUAAACUUCUGAGUUUGUCCAGUAACUUUGAGGUCCAAACUAAGAGUUUGCUCCGAAUAAUCCGGAUCUUCUGUCAUGUGUUCUGUCUUGGGCCGUCCUCCCCAAACAACGGGAAAGACAUGGGUUACAACGGAAACAAGACACCACGUAACCAGGUGUUUAAGCCUCUGGAGCUGCUGUGGCACUCUCUUGAAGAAUGGCUGGUCCUCAUCUCCACUGAGAUGGAUAAGGAGAGCACAGACGCAACAACCUCAUCCUCAGGAAAUGACAUUGCGUCACUUUUCCUGAAAAACCAGGAGGUCGAUCCCUCCGUUGCCAGCGAAAAUCCCCCACUGUUGCUGGACGCCAAGUCGAUGAUGAAGACUCCGGAGGGUUAUGCUGAUGGUCAGGAUGUCAUCUCUAUGAUAGCCAAUCGCCUGAGCGCUGUGAUCCAGGCCUUCUACAUGUGCUGUUCCUGUCAGAUGCCACAUGGCAUGACCUCCCCUCGAUUCAUCGAGUUUGUCUGUAAACAUGACGAAGUGCUCAAGUGUUUUGUGACGAGGAAUCCCACAAUCAUCUUUAACCAUUUCCACUUCCUGCUGGAAUGCCCUGAGAUCAUGUCCCGUUUCAUGCAUAUUAUUAAAGGACAGCCAUUUAAAGACAGGUGUGAGUGGUUUUAUGAACAUCUUCUGGCUGGACAGCCAGACUCCGAUAUGGUGCACCGGCCAGUGAAUGAAAAUGAUAUUCUUCUUGUUCACAGAGACUCAUUAUUCCGAAGCAGCUGUGAUGUUGUAUCCAAGUCCUCCAAUAAGAAACUCAAACAAGGCAUUGCGGUGCGGUUCCAUGGUGAAGAGGGAAUGGGUCAGGGGGUGGUCAGAGAGUGGUUUGACAUUCUGUCCAAUGAGAUCAUCAACCCGGACUAUGCACUGUUUACACAAUCAGCUGAUGGUACCACGUUUCAACCCAACAGCAAUUCUUCUGUAAACCCAGAUCAUCUGAACUACUUUGGAUUUGCUGGUCAAAUCCUGGGUCUGGCUCUCUAUCACCGACAGCUGGUGAACAUCUACUUCACACGCUCCUUUUACAAGCACAUACUGGGCAUCCCAGUGAGCUAUCAGGAUGUGUCAUCCAUUGACCCCGAGUAUGCAAAAAAUCUGCAGUGGAUUCUGGACAAUGACAUCAGUGACCUUGGCCUUGAGCUCACGUUUUCUGUAGAAACAGAUGUGUUUGGAACCAUGGAAGAGGUUCCUCUCAAACCAGGAGGAACUGCCAUUCAGGUCACCCAAGACAACAAGGCAGAGUACGUGCAGCUGGUGACGGAGCUCAGGAUGACCCGAGCGAUUCAGCCACAGAUCAAUGCCUUCCUGCAGGGCUUUCACACUUUCAUCCUCCCCUCGCUCAUCCAGCUCUUUGAUGAAUAUGAGCUGGAACUGCUGUUGUCAGGUAUGCCUGAAAUUGAUGUGAUGGACUGGAAGAAGAACACAGAGUACACUAGUGGCUACGACCUGCAGGAGCCUGUUAUACAGUGGUUUUGGGAAGUGGUUGAAAAUCUCACUCAAGAAGAAAGAGUCCUUCUUUUACAGUUUGUUACAGGAAGUUCAAGAGUUCCUCAUGGAGGAUUUGCUUUUCUGAUGGGCGGCAGUGGUCUGCAAAAGUUCACUAUUGCUGCUGUGCCCUACACAUCAAACCUACUGCCUACCUCUAGCACAUGUAUCAACAUGCUGAAACUCCCAGAAUAUCCCAGCAAGGACGUCCUGCGUGAUCGUUUGCUGGUUGCACUGCAUUGUGGGAGUUACGGAUACACCAUGGCAUGACACUGGCUUUUGCGUUUGCUGAGAAUUCUGCUCUGUGGACAGAACGCACACAUGGCUCAGUUCAGGGAUUCUUCAACACUUAAAUUCAAAAGCCUUUAUUUUUUAGUUUUUUUUUUUUUGCACAUGAAAUCUAUGACAAGGACAUCCGUUAAUAAUGUAAUGAAUUAAAGAUACUUCAGGCACUGAAGUGGUUCUGCAUAUGUGAAAAUGAUGUCCAGGUCACAUUACACAAUAAAGUCAAAAUAAGAAUGAA